AUGUAUAGUAAAUACGAGCCACCUAAGCAUGCAAUUCCCAAGCUAGACCGAGAAAAGAUGAAUUUAUCAGAACUAGAUAAACUCAAAAACCUCGAGACCUGAUACGGUCCUCACUGGGAGGACGCGAUUGAUCGGAACUUCUUCACUGCUAAUUCUUCCCUGAAGUUUCCUUCCUCUACCAGAAGCUCGCAUGCAUGUUCUACGAAGACAAAGCUACUGUUGGCGAAGAGGCACGCCAAGAGGCGUUGCCUCUUCGCAGCCCAGCAGAACGAGUCUAACUUGAAAUUCCAUGCACUGAUGAAGAAGCAAAAUAGGUAUAAAGGAAAGAACCUCAGCCAAAUAUCGAAUUGAUGGUCUCUCCUAAAUGGAAUUGAUGAAUAUGUCACUGAAAGAAGAGAAAUAAGCAGAAGCAAGUUUCCAUCCUUAAGAAAUAUUGAUAAACAAUCUCAGAACUCAAAGUACAGAGUUAGUCUAAGAAGCGUCAGUCCAAAUUCAAUAAAUCCUUCAUUUAUCAAGAAUUGGGAAUUUCCUGAAACUAUUGACAAAGAAAAGGAGAUUGUAGAAGAAGAUGAGGUCAAUUUAAAGACUACUCCAAAAUUUGUCCCCAAUCUCACUAGCAGAAAGGCUAAUAAAUCUGUCAAUAUUGUCUUCGGAAACCAUCCAAAUGAUCUUUCAGACAUUCCAAGGAAAUCUCAGGCUGGGUCUCCAACAGAUAGAAGUCACGAAAAUAUUAUCACUGGGGAAGACUUCUCGCCUGAUCUUAACGAUAACCUUUUAAGAAGUAUUCCCAAAAUAAACAUUAACACUGAAGGAGGGCCUCUCAGUUUCAAAAAGUUUCGGAAAAUGAAGAAUAUUUAUAAUAAGCUAGCCAUGGAUAAGCUAGACCUUAACACAGGUAGAAAAUCAAAGAAGCUGGCUGAAUAUAUCCUUGGAGGCAUGGAAAGGCAACCAGAGAACAAAAGUAUCCUAAACAAUCCAGAAACCGCUUAUUCUCUAGGACCAAAGGUCCUGAAGAGCAAGGCUAUCAGAACAUUAGAUUUAGAGACUAGCAAACUUAGCCAGAAAGGUAUCGAUUCCUUAUGCAAGUACCUGAAAUGGAACAAGAACCUAAACUCUUUGAACUUGGCCAGGAACUCUAUUAAUAACGAAGCUCUGCAGUACAUUCUUGAUGCACUUGAGGACAAUGAUAAUAUUGAGACUCUGGAUCUUAGCAUGAAUAGGUUCGAUUCACUAAUCGUAGCAGAUAUCUGAAGGAUCAUUGAAACAACCUAUAUUAAAAACUUGACCUUGAAAGACAACAAUUUUGGACGCAAAGGAGCAUUCAAAAUAGCUCAAAUCCUUUUGACAGAGACAAGCAAAAAUAUCCUGGAAAGAGUAGAUUUCAGCUGCAUAAAAUCUGAUGCAGAAGGCACUGCGAAGAUCCUUGAGUGUUUAGCAAAGGGACAUACUAUCAAGAGCUUUACUUAUGAUAGAAACCGUAUAAGUACACCUAAGGCUUGGGGAUUCCUUAGAACAGUGAUCUCAUCCAAUGCGUUAAUUCAAUAUCUCUCACUAGCUUAGAUAACUGUAAUCUCUCAAAUGACGGAGCUUGUUCUAUCGGAGCUGGAAUAAUCAAGAAUUCCUCCCUUAAAACUCUUUUACUCAGAUCAAACUUUAUUGGUGAUGUAGGGGCUAUCUCAAUAGCUCAAGGGAUAGGUUCAAGUAAAGCUACGCUUGAAAAGCUUGACCUCUCAUCGAAUGAGAUAACAGACAGAGGAGGCAAAGAGAUCAUAAAAUCUCUUUCCGAAAACAUCAGUUUGCUUCACCUCAACCUUCGAGCAAACUACCUAGAAGAAGUAGGGGUCUCCUUUGUGAAAUUAACCAAGGAGAAGA